CGAUUCUUUAGAAGAUACUCUUUUUUUCUUCGUAAAGUCGCCACCUUUGCUAAUUUUCCUAAAGUUUUUUAUACCACACUUUCGUGGAAAUCAGCAUUUGGUUUAAUCAAAAUUUUCUACGCAACUCUCGAAAUUUUUUGAUACCCAUUGCAAGAUGACGGCUCCUACUGGGGAAAAUUCGGCAGAAAGUUCUUCAUCUCUUGCAACAUUUGCUCCCCUUCAAGCAGUUCUAUUUGAUGUAGACGGAACUUUAUGUGAUUCAGAUCCUCUUCACCAUUAUGCCUUCCGCGAAAUGCUACUAGAGAUAGGUUACAAUGGGGGUGUGCCAGUUGAUGAGGAGUGGUUUAUCAAGACUAUUGCUGGGAAACACAACGACGAUAUUGCUUCUGCCCUUUUCCCUGAUGAUCAGGAACGAGGUCUUAAAUUCUGUGAUGACAAGGAAGCUAUGUUUAGAAGGUUGGUGAAAGAACAGUUGAAACCUAUAGAUGGUUUGUACAAGGUGAAGAAAUGGAUUGAAGAUCGUGGGCUGAAACGGGCUGCAGUUACCAAUGCACCUAGACUAAACGCUGAACUGAUGAUAGAAAUACUUGGCCUAAAGGAUUUCUUUGAUGUGGUCAUUAUUGGAAGUGAGUGUGAGCACGCAAAACCAUCUCCUGACCCUUACUUGAAGGCCCUUGAAUUGCUUAAGGUGUCUAAGGAGCACACGUUCAUAUUUGAGGAUUCUUCUUCCGGAAUAAAAGCUGGGGUGGCAGCUGGGAUGCCUGUUGUUGGCUUGGCAACCCGAAAUCCACCUCACAUGCUAAUGGAAGCAAAACCUGCUUUUCUUAUUAAAGAUUAUGAAGAUUCGAAGCUAUGGGCAGCUCUAGAGGAAAUCGACAAAAAGUCAGGUGCCACAACAACUACAAUCUGAGACGUACACAUACUAGGUGAAAGAUUUGUUAUUGUUGUUGAUUUAAUUGGAGUUGCUUCAUUGAAACCUUGCAUUUUUUUCAUAAAUAAACAUAAAGAGGGAAAUGGUACUAUCAUUAUUUUUCUUCCGUAUAAUCGGAUGUGCUAGUUUCCAGCAGUUGAUAUGGAUUUAAGGAGCAUAUGAAAACCGGGUAUAGUUACUGUUCAUUGAUCAUACCUUGUUCAUGGAAGUCUAGUUUGGUUUAAUACUAGCUUUUAAGUUCACUCCACCACUCUUGCAGACCUUGAGAAUAAAAGUGAUUACUUUAAUAAUAACUUGUUUGUUAUACACUCUGUACCGAUGCCAACUUCUUCA